CCGCUGCGGCUCGUUUCGAUUUCGUUUCCCGGAAGGAUCGCGCUGAAGUCUCAGCGGCCGCAGGCACGGGACCCGUUCGCGCCGGACACCGGGGGGUACCGCGGUGGGCACCGGCCGGCCGCCGCCACCGGGGAUGCAGGGUCAAGCAGCCAUCAGCUCCCCCAGCUCUGCUGUCACAGCUUCGAUACCAGCCCUAUCCCAGGCCAGGCACCCACCCAGCAGCGAGGGGGAGAUCUUCACGCUUCCAGGCGGGCUGAGAAUCCAGCCCUCCCUGUGGAGCAAGGAGGACGUGAUCCACUGGCUAAGAUGGGCUGAGACAGAGUUCUCCCUUCGGCCAGCUGACGACAGCAAGUUUGAAAUGAACGGCAAAGCCCUGUGCAUCCUCACCAAGGAUGACUUCAGAUAUCGAGCUCCGAGCUCAGGUGAUGUGCUGUAUGAAAUACUUCAGUACAUUAAGACUCAACGCAGAGUUCUGGUGUGCAGCCCUUUGCUGAACUCACCCUUCAGAGAAGCCAGGAGCACAGAGAAAGGGAUGGGCUGCAGUGCUGAGGCUGCUCCAAUGGCUGUUUCCUCCUGCCUGGGUUGUGCAGAACAGCCCACGUCCUGCAGCCAUGCAGGGCCCCUGAACCUCUCCUAUCACAGCUCGGAGGGCAGCUGCACGGCAGAUGCCAUCUGCUCUUUUCCUACAGCCCUGUCAGCCCCAGUGGAUGGGAGAAUUGCAGACUGCAGGUUGCUGUGGGAUUAUGUGUACCAGCUCCUCUCCGACAGCCGCUAUGAGCCUUACAUCAAGUGGGAAGAUAAGGAAGCCAAGAUCUUCCGGGUUGUGAACCCAAACGGGCUUGCCCAGCUCUGGGGCAACCACAAGAACCGGAUGAACAUGACCUAUGAGAAGAUGUCACGAGCGCUCAGACAUUACUACAAACUCAACAUCAUCAAAAAGGAGCCAGGGCAGAAGCUGUUAUUCAGCAAAUGUAUUACAGGUUUUUGAAGACUCCUGGGGAGAUCAUCCAUGAGAAAUCCAGCAAGGUGGAGCAGCUGGAGCAGGAAAGCGAGGACCAGGAAGACUUGAAAGAAGACCCACUGGAGGUUUCACCAUAGGAAGUCAUUGAUGGUGGCACAUGCAGUGCAUCACAGACUUGUUCUCUGCUGGGGCAUGCUGGUGCCUCUGGCAUCUCGUGGACACGAGGCCACAGAGCUGCUCCUGCAUCUCAAAACCCACCCUGAGCCAAAGCAGUGACAUCUCUGGGGCUUCAUUAGCAAAACACACCCAGAAGCUGUCCCUCAGCCCCAAGAUGCAGGAGAACACGGGCUCGUCUCCUGCUCGCUUCUUUUCUGUCCUUUGGGGCGGGAGCAUGAGAUUUUUGCUGUGUAAAUUCGGUUGCCUGUCAUUAAGGUUCAAACUUGCUGCUAAAGCCCAUUCUUGCAGCUGAGUAAAGAGCACUGGAGCACGUGCUUUGGGUUGAGCAUCUACCCCAGUGCUUUUGCAGCGAGUGGUGGUCCGGAGCCUGACCACACUGGUAUGGAUCUGAGCCACUUCCCAGUUUGAGAAUGGACUUCCACUGCAGAGACUGCAGUCCCACUGUCCCGUGGGCUUGCUCCUGUGGUUAAGGGUGGGAUUGUGCUGAGCCAUCUGCCUGGAUCGGCCCUGGCUGCAUGGAUGCCCUAAGCUGGGUCUCGUUUUAACUCCUUUCCCUCUUUAUUGCUGUUUGUAAUCAGCUGUGUAAGUAAUGUGAAGAGAAACGCAGCCAGUAAGGAACAUUA